GUACAUUUUGUAACCAAUUCCCGCUUUGGUUGUUUUCUAUUCUCCCUCUAAGUGAGUUCCCUCCAACUUUUUCCAUUCUCUCUUUGUUGUUAUGUUCACAGUAGAGACAAAGUAACAAGCCUCACAUUUUCAUCUCUAAGAUCAAUCAGCUAUAAAUCGGUCACCUUGAGGCCUCUUCUAUCAUCAUGAAAGGCUCCAAUUUCCUCUGAUCUGUUGUUCAACUUGUAAUAGUCAAUCUUCUAAGAGAUUAUCCAAUUAAUAUUCAACGAGCAAUUAUCAAAAAUUCUGUUUGCUUAUCGAGGUGAAAUCAGCUGUUGGGUUUCAGGAAAAACCUAAUGCAUGAGACUGUUAACAACUGUGGUUUACACUAACAUUGAUAGAUACUCAUUAGAUGAUAGUAUCCAAUUUUUACUCGGCUGAUGAAGCAAUUAACUUGAGAGAAACACCAUCAGCUGAUACUUAUCUUAAUAAAGUAAUAGCAGCUAAUAGAUGUGAAGCUUAGGCAAUUCAUCCUGGUUAUAGUUUUCUCUCUGAGAAUCGUGAAUUUGCUGAUAUAAUUAAUUCAUCCAGACUUAUGAAUAUUGGUCUACCAUUUUCAUUGACCGACUACUCAAUUAGCAUCAGCGAGACGAGAAUCACUUAAAUCCUUUGGUGAUCAAUAGGUCCUUAUUGAAAAGCAUGUCGCCGAUCAACAUACAAGUAGUAACUUUCUGGAAGAUUGUUCAGUUGAACGAAGGCUCCAGAAGACUAUUGAACAGGAAACAGAAAUCGAGACUCGAGCUGAAUUGGACAAAGCCACUUUGCAAGCUACUUAAUUGGUUAACUGGUGCUGGAGUUUAUUUACGACCCUAAAUCUUGUACAAAUGAACACUCGAAUUCAAGUUGAAGUACUUCUACCUGAAGAACUUCAAGUAAAUGAGAUUAUAACUCGAGUGGAUUUGGUUGAAUAGAAAAUACGAUUUGCUCUUGGUGAGCCUUCACCAAAUAUCAAGAAGAGAUUAAACUUCAUAGACAUGAAGGCCAGAAUUCACACAAUCCUUAGUAUGAUUUUGGUACAACGAUGAAAAAUACUGAUUAUGCUCAAAGCGGAUGAAAACUGUCCGAUUGGCUCACAAUCGGUAAUGAAAAAUAAUUAAGAUGAAACAAUCAACUGUAAAUUAUUAACAGUUUACCUUUAGUAAUUGAACAGUUAAAAAUUGCUCAACUUUCUCAAGUAUAUUGUUUAUGUUACUUGAAAGCGAUGAUGAAGACAUUAUAUUAGUGAAAUAGUGUAACUGUUUUCUUCAAAUUGGUCGAAAACGAAACUCACAAUCUAAAACUUCAACUUUUUCAUGAUUAUUAAAUACGAUCAUGAGAGAAUUAACUUGAUCCGAAGUCUCUGUUAUCCAAAUGGAAGAAAAUCAAAGAUAAUUUACCUGGUUAACUAAACUUAGUUGAUCGAUAAUAUUAUUAAAACUUCUCAGCUUGAUUAUCAUUCUUGCCAAUAAGAUGAACAAUGAAGCGAUUCUGGUUCAAAUGAAUCGACAACAUUGAGAAAAUUUUUACCAUCGAAAAGGAGAAGAGACAAAACUGUCGAAAUCAUAUCACUUUCUACUCUCUCAGUAUCUUCCAUAUUCUCCCAUUUAAAUUGUAAUGUUUUCUCUCUCUCUCUCUUUCCUUUUCGACUUUUUCUUCUCACUGGUUUUAAAUGGACUUUCUUUUAAAGCCGCAGGCAAAAUACCUCUGACAUUUUUCUUGCUUGAUUUUCUUUUUCUAUUGUUUAGUUUCUCUCUUUUCUGGUCAUUGGUUUUUCCUUUUUGUCCAGUUUCCUUGCACGUGCUUCUCUUGCUGAUAUACUUAUUGGAAUAUCGAAUUUCAAUGGAACAAUUUACCAAGUUUCAAACAAUUCGAAUGAGAAAAUAUAAUAUCAAAGCUGAUAGGAUAUUCUGUUGAUCUUUUUUGAUCAACACCAAAUUCUGUUGAUAUGAUUACAUAAAAUUCAAUGGCAACAACAAGAAGAAUCCAUUGAAUCUUCAAGCCAAAGACAGAAUCAUCUCAACUCAUCAAUCUAAUUACAUGAAGCAAAUUAUAUUUAGACUAAUACAUCUACACCUUACUUGUUGAUUACAUGUUAAUCUAUUACUCUUGCCUUCCUCUAACAGGAAAUCUCUUUGUUAUUAUCCUGUUAAACUGUGAAGGUGACAAUUAACUCUUGGAGGAAUCAAAAAUAUCUAACAUUAUCCUAUCACAAUCCCGGAAACAAGUGAUUGUGUUUUAAUCCAGUAAAUCUCAAUUGUUUUCAAUCUCAAAAUCAGGAUAAAAUCAGAAUACCUCAGUGUUUGUUUUACAAUCUUCUCAAGUGAAUACAAAAUUAUCACCAAGAGAAACAUUGAGAACGAGAAACAUUCAAGUUAUUGAGAAAUUGUUAUGAGGAUAAACAACAACAAUUUAGUUGAUGGUUUGAGAAAAAUGUCAACAAUUUAUCAUGAAAAUGAAAGAAAAAAAGUGUUACAAGUGGCAGAGGCAAAAGGAAAAGACGAAGAUGAAGAUGAAGAUUGACUUGAGACAUUUUCAGUUGAUAACAUCAAUGGUAGAAAAAUUUGGCAAUUAAGUUGAUUGUGAACAUGAUGAUGACUAUGAUGAGAAUGAGAAUGAGCAAGAAAGAGGAGGAGAAAGACAAAGAAGAUAAAAAUCAUCUCCUCUGUAUCUUGGCUCAAACGCUGAAUAACUUUCAAGUUAAAAAAGAUUCACAUUUAGCCCAAAAAAAGUCAUAGCGAUAACUACGAUUUUCCCACCGCGAAUGAAACAUCACCAAAGUAGAGAGCGAGAGAGAGAGAAAAAGAUGAUGAUGAAGAUGAAGAAGAUGAGGGAGAGAGAGAAAAUGAGAGAUUCUGAUGAUGAAGCUUGAAUUUUCUGUUCUUUUCUCAUCUUCAUCUCAUCGAGAAUUGGAAUUUUCUUGAGAAAUUUUCAUUUCUUGUUAAUUGAUUGUGAUCAUCUUCUCUCAUCAUCAUCAUCAUUUUCAUCUCUUCAUCUGAGGAUAAAUUUGAUUCUUUCGUUUCAUCAGUGGAGAUAAAAAAUCUUCUUUAUCCAGAAAGACACAAUUAAUUGCUGAAAAAGUUUUCACCAAUUCUUUAAUAACAAUGCCCGGUGUAAUGGCGAUCGGCUCUGGCCUGAUCUCAGGUCGGACUAAUACAACCAACGAAUUCACAGUUUACACCAAUCGAAGUGGUUACCAUGGACUCUCGGUGGGAAUUGAUGGACCUUCACGAGCGGAAAUUAAAUAUACCGAUAAUCAUGAUGGAACAAUUAAAGUCUCUUAUGUACCAAGUGUCCCAGGUGAAUACAUGAUUACCGUUAAAUUUGAUGGAAUCAAUUUAUCAGGUUCACCAUAUAAGGUUCGUAUUCGAGGAGAUGAACCUUAUAACUAUUCAUCGUCACGAUCAACGGGCUAUGAUGGUUUUAGCUCGUCGAGUGGUGGCCUUACCUCGACCGCUCGUGCUCGAGUAACUGGACGUGGACUUUACUCUGGAAUAACUAAUGUUCAAAAUGAAAUUCUGGUGGACGUUAAAAACUGUGGGUCAGGUCGACUUCAUUGGUCCAUCGAGGGACCAGGUAACGUUGAGACCAAAAAUCGCGGGGUCGACAACGGAGUCUACAAAUUGUACUACAAGCCCGACACCGCUGGUAAUUACACAAUUAAAAUUAAAUAUGAUGAACGAGAUGUACCCGGUAGUCCAUUCAGUGUACGAAUUGUUUAAAAUUAGGUUAAUUGUUGUCGUUACCUUUUCAUUGUUAAUACAGAAUCAACAACAAUUAUCUUGGUCUUUCUCUUGCUCUUUAUAUAUUUCAAUUAGCAAUUAGAUUUAAUUGUUGUCGUCGCCUUAAAUCACUAAUCCAAAUUGUCCAAAUUACAGAUCAAUCAAAGCACACAAAUUUAACCUAAUUAAUUUUUGCUGAUUAUUUUUUGAUUCUAAUCUUAAUUAUAUUUUCUGUUUCACAAUUGUUAAUUUAAUUGUUACAUUUUCUUUUGUUUCUUAGCUUUUCUUUUGAUUUAACUUGAUUAGAUUGAUUAACUUAAUUGUUUGUCAAUCUAAAUUUACAAACUAAUUUUUAACAUCUUUUAAAUCAUGAUUAAAUCUCUCGCUAAUCAGUUAUAUCGUUAACUUUUAAUUGUACCAAAAUUAAUCACUCAUUGAAGAAAAAAAAAAUAAAAUCAAUUCAUCAAGAAAACUUGAUAAUAUAAAUUCAAAGUUAAUUAUGUCAUUUGACUCUCUGUUAAUUAAUAUAAAUUAAAUUAGAAUCAUAAUCAACCUUUGUCAAAUUGUUUGAAUAUCUAUUCAUAGUAACAACAAUUGAUUUCGUUAAUUACUCUCACAUUUCAUAACUGAAUUAACAUGUUAAUCAAAUUGGAAAGGAAAAAAGUAAUUCAAGUAAAAAUAUAAAUCCAAGGGAAAAUUAACCUGAAUCAACAACAAGAAGGUUAAUUGUUGAUUUAUUUUUCUAAAUUAUAAGUUAAAUUACGAUUCGACUCAGCUAAUUAUCAUCAUCUUCUCAUAAAUAUCACUUGAAAUCAGUUCGAAAUCAUCAUCAUCCUUAUCAUCCUCAUCUUCUUCAUCUCUAUUCAUCCAUCAACCCAAUUCAAUAUGAAGAUUGAACCAAUUCCUAUGUUUUACUUGGCCCUUAAUUUUUUUGGUUCACCCGAACAGUUUAACUAACCUUAGCAAUCUAUUUUAAUCCAGUUGAGUCGAGAUUGAUGAUGAUGUUGAUGAGGAAGAUUAAUAUUAAUAGAAAAUUGUUUUAAAUUGGAAAAUUCAAUUCCAAUAGUUGAUCAUUUGUCUUUUUGAUGUUGAGCUUUGAUAAAGAAAACAUGAAACCUUCAAUUCACAAUUGAAACAAUUUAGUUAAUCAACUUUUCUAAUUUUGUUCCUGUGUCUCUCUAAUUGUCAAUGUUAACUGAAUUAACUUUCAAUCGACCAUCUAAUCACCUCUCUUUGCUUUAUUGUUAUGACCAGUCAACUAAAUUUAAUUGUUUGGCUUAUGCGCUUUUCUAACCAACUAAUCAACUAAUUAACUUGAUCAUCUCUCAUUUCAUCAUUUCAUUAUUUAUCACCUUUUGGAUUGAUUUCCCUUCCCACCAAAAAACCUUCCUGAUGAUCCACUCGUUUCCGUUUCCUCCUCUAUCAUUAGCUUUAGCUGAAACCAUCAUUAUGGUUAAUUGUAAAUAAAUCAGUAAAAAAAACAAUCAAAAAAAACCAAUUAUCCAAAAAACCGCCCGAUUAACUAAAAGCCUAAUCACCAAUCAUUUCAGGAACCAACACAAUUUGAGACACAAUCAACAAUCAACGAAAGUAUUGGUUAAUCAACAAUCUCAGGAGACAAACAA